UGUCAAAAUGCUGCGGGAAUUGCAUCAUGAUGUAGUCGAACUGUAUAAUUCCAUGUGCAAUAUCUUGUCCAAUUUUAUGACUGAAUAGCAUGAAACAAGUGAUCGAAGCACAUCAAAUAGAGCUUUUUCAUUAUUCACUAAAAUCGAGAUGAUGCCCAGAGUUUUUUGACAUUUGUUUCCACGUGGUGACUGUCAUAUAAAAAGUCGACGUGUUAAUUUCAGCUCAGUUUUUAGUGGGUAUUUUUAAAGCUUAAGCAAUUCCUUGAGCAAUGGAGUCCUUAAACAUGUCGAAGCUUAAUUUGUCGAGUGUGAGGAGCCAAACCUCAAAUGAUACUGUGAUAAAACCCGAGAAACCUGAGGUGAAGAUUGAAAUAAGUCCAAUGCUUGUGGAUCCUGAUGACGAAUAUUAUUGCGAGUACAGAGACGACAUAUGGAAAAAUCUACUUGAACAAGAGGCACAGAAACCAAUAAUUCACCUCCAAUCUCCACAAUUGGAAUUCCGUGGCGCUCUAGUGCAGCAACUGCGUGACGUCACAAAGAAGCUCGGUCUGACGUUAGCAACACUACACUCAGCUGUUGCACAACUGGACCUUUUCAUGGACGCUCACAGACUGCGCUCUGAUAGACUCACACACGUCGCGCUAGCCUGUCUCAGUUUAGCAGCAAAGAGUGAAGAGAAAUUCAGCCGGGCACCAACAUUGAAAACAUUAUCCAAAGUGAGUGGUGUCCAGCUCUGCGGCAAGACGUUCAGACAACUGGAGUGGAUGGUUGGUCAGCAUGUACGGUGGAGGUUGCUCGCCCCCACUCCUGUCACUUUUGCAGCGCUACUAGCGCAGUAUGUCAUCACAGAUAGUGACCUGACCACUAGACAUCCCAAGUUUGUGAGGCGCUUCAAGCGAGACGGUGCCAAACUGCUUGAAGCGUAUUUAGAUUUAACAUUGUCUGAUGUGCGUUUGAAAGUGGUAGAGUCAGUUGACGUGGGCUGCGCAUGUGUUGCAUGUGCGCGAGCAGACCUCGGCCUGUGUGCAUGGCCGGGCUGGCUCGCUACAGCCACCGGCAGGAAACCCACCAGUGUAGCUCCUAUUGCACGUUUACUGCAGAGGAUGAUGCAAAUAUUGAAGUCGCGUGAUGGUAACGGUGAUUCCGAGAUAGAUCAGGGCUACGGCAGCGCUAGGACUUCGCCCAACCUGACACCUUGCCAUUCCCCGAACUGUCAAGUGUCACCAGCGACCAGUUCCUGCAGUACAUCAAGUUCCAUCAACAUAGAUUACAGACAUCGAUCAGUGACAGAAAGAAGGUUAGACAAUGCUUAUUCUGUUCUAGAUCUUUCAGAUAAUAAUCCAGCACCGAAUGUCAAUAUACAAGAUUACUAUCGUCUACCAACAGCUAUUGAUAUGACCUGUCAGAGAGUUAAUAAUCCAGCGGAUUACAGAUUCUGUCGAUCUUCAAGAUUAAUUGAAGCCAGCUUAGAUACGGUAACACCUUCUAAUGUAGCUGUUAAACGUGGCUUAGAUAAUAAUAUAGAGUUGGAAAGGAAACGUUAUCGGUUAGCCUCGCAAAUGUCCCAAGUUGUUCUUUGAUCACU